AUGAAUUCUCCAAUAAGCCCAGGAUCAAACAAUGCCGCGAUAUCUGCUAUGGCCGCCGCAACCACCCAGCUGAAACAUGACGGUAUUUACUACUACAGUGCAGACCUGAACAAAGACUCUGGUGGAGCCAGUGACGUUUCAGCUACCCCGGAGAAGGACGUUGAUAACUAUUAUUAUGGCGGAGUUCAGACUGGUCCCUCCCCAGCUUCUUUCUUAAACGCUUCUUCUAAACCAACAGGAAAUGAUACAUACUACGAUGAUGGCGAUGUUGGAGACGCUGUAGCCAAAAACAUGGAUAAGUCCGAGAAGGGCCAAGCACCGUCGACGAAUACAAUGUAUAAGAACGUUUCGUCGCUUCCUGCAAGAACCGCAAAUGUUCCUUUUCAGAAGAUCAAACAUCCACCGUUACCUGUUCCCCCUGUUCCUCCAGUUCCCAUCCCUAAGAACACUGAUCAAAUAUAUAAAAACGAUGUGGCUGAAACAUCUUUUGGCACGAUGCCAACUUAUGGCAACGCUGGACCACAAAAGUUACCUGGGCUGGCUCCUGAUGAUAAUUAUGAAAGCCUAGACAGUAAUACUAGACACAUUUCCGCCGUGUACGCCGAGUUGAAAUAA